AUGGGAAUAAUUAUUCCAUCUUCCACCCAUUUGUCCAAUUCGUCUUCUAUUUCCCUUUUCCAUUCAAAAAGAACUUUUCGACAAGCCAAAAAAAUGGCUCCACCCAUAUGCCAUCUUGGAUAUGAAUGGUUAGAAACUAUCCCUAGCUCAGGCCUACUACUUAUUAACGAAGAACUCAGAAUAGCUAUAGGCCUUCGCUUAGGCUGCGAUAUCGUAACCCCUACGACUUGUGUCCUAUGUGAAUCUCACAUUGAUAGUCUAGGACACCACCCCCUACACUGUCGUUUCUCAAAAGGCAGACUUCCUAGACAUUAUGCCAUUAAUUCAAUAAUCAAUAGAACGCUGAGAUCUACAAAUACUCCCUCCACACUGGAACCUACCGGUGAUCUGAGAGCGAACGAAAAUAUUGGUUUGACGAUAUUGCAAACAAUCUUUGCUAGGGAACAUAACAGGAUAGCUGAUCACUUAAAUAAGCUUAAUAGACAGUGGUCGGAUGAAACCAUCUAUCAAGAGACCAGGAAAAUUAUAGGAGCAUUUAUUCAGCACAUCCAAUUUAACGAGUUUUUGCCAAUAAUUGUGGGCCAGGAUAUAAUGAACGACUUCGGACUCACAUUAAACUCGUGUGGAUAUUUUGCGGGAUAUGAUUCUGAAAUUGAGGCUACAGUCCACACCGAAUUUUCGACUGCCGCUUACAGGUUUGGUCAUAGCCUGAUACCUAUGCAAUUAAAUUUUCUCGAUGACAGCUUUACACCAUUAGCUGAGCCAUUGCUUCUGAGAGAUGCAAUGCUGAAUCCACUUUUGCUGUAUCAAUUCAGCGAUUUCAACGUGUUCGAUUCUUUGCUGAGAAGUUUAAUUUUUGACAACGCACAAAAGUUGGAUCAAAUUAUAACAGGGGAAGUGAGGAAUCAUCUGUUUGAAUUGGCAAAAGCUAAAUUUGGUAUGGACUUACCAGCCCUAAACACAAUGAGGGGCCGAGAUCAUGGGAUUCCAGGGUAUAUACAGUAUAGAAAAGCUUGCGGGCUUUCUCCCGUAAACUCUUUCAUUGAUUUGGUCGGAGUCAUACCCAACUCCACUAUAGGAGUAGUCAGAAAUCUUUACCGAAGUGUCAAUGAUAUGGACUUAUUUCCAUUAGGAUUAUCAGAAUUCCCACUUAAGGGUGCAAUGUUAGGACCAACAUUUGCUUGCAUAUUGGGCAUUCAAUUCAAGGCUCUCAAAUUUGGGGAUUCGUUUUGGUAUGAAAAUAUCCGCCCUCGACGAGUCUUUACCAGAGAUCAAUUAAAAGAGAUAAGAAAAAUCAGCUUGGCCAAAAUUAUAUGUCAGAAUGCCGAUGAUAUUCCCAUGAUACCGAGGAACAUAUUUUUAUUAGUAGAUUCAUUUAGAAAUCCCUUCAUUGAUUGUUCGAGACUUGCUAGCACCGACCUUUCCAAAUGGAGAGUCAAUGAUAGCUAA